CCCGAGAGUUAAAAGGUCAAAAAGAGACCACGCCUAAAACAAAGCGAUUUGUGCUGUGCUGUGUUGUGCUGUGCGUUUGUGAAGCUCUUGGUUAGGCUGGACAAAUAAUGUGAAUAUUUUCCAAUGGGAUCCAAACAAAUAUUUUGUAAAAGGACAGAUGUGCCGCCUGUUGAAAUUGUCAAAAGAAGCGGAGACGAGAAUGAUGUGCCCAAGACAGAUGAAGAGGUCAAGCCAGAGCCACUUGUGCUGUUGGAACCCAUGGAGCAUGUCAAGGUGGAGUUCCAUGCAGAUGAGUAUGGCUACUGGGAACAGUCGCUGGCCAGCGUCCAAUCCGCUGCAGUGUCCGCACCCAUGGGCGGAGCUAAGCAGGACUUCAUUACUUCUGUGGAGAGCACCUCUUGGGUUCAAGCUUUUGGAACCAAAGCUGAUAAUUGUUGCGGUGAAGAAAGUGAAUAUGUGAACACCGAGUUUUCCCCUGGAGAUUUAUGCCAAAGCAUUUGCUGCAAUUCACAUUGCAACAGCGCCACUAUUAAUAGCAAACUAUUAGAAAAACGUUUACAUGGAACACUUAAAGAUAUAAGUGAAUAUGGCGGCCAGGCAAGGACUUGCAUCCAACACCCCAGCGUGAAGCCUGUGCCAAACUGAAGUGGAACAAAAGAAGGAGCUGCUAUUUAACGUUAUUUUGCAGUAGAUGUGCAAACACAGAACCUCCGGUGGCAAUGCACUCCUCAUCAGUAGUGAUAACUGAGUGUAUUGCAUCUCCCACCUGCAUGUGUCCUGUUGCGACUACCACUGGUCAAUUUAUGGAACGGGCACGCUUAACAUUGGUGCGUUUUGGCACAUUUUCGUAACUCCAUAUGUACUACAAUUACAACCCAUGAUGAUGUAACUUUUUUUUUACUUCGAAUAAUGUUAGUCAUCAACUACUCCGAUUAUUUUAUUUUUUAAUCACCUUGUAAAGAAACAGAAAUUAAAAGAAGGACUGCAGCAUUUUGUAUCAUGAAUAUUCACAAGCCUGAAAAAUUAAGUGUCUGCACUUAUACUAGGCCUGCUUUUUCAAGGCAUUCUAGCAUAAAUUUCACGAGCCGACAACUUAAAACAAUUAAAAUUUAUAUUAAUCUAUGAGUGAAGUAGUACAAAUCUUAUCAGGAGUACUAUUUUUUCUCCUGGAACUAAAACUUUAAAGGUCCCUUUUUCCUAGUAGUACCAAAGAAAUAACCUCUUAAAGACAUAAUGUACUUUUUAUUAUUUUCUACUUUUACCAUGUAUCAUGCAUUUGCAGUUGGUAUGCGUAAUAUCUGGAAUUUAUCUACAUUUGUUGCUUGUUUAUAGCUGCAAAUGAUUUGGGCAGGGGGAAAUGUAGGAAGUAAAAUCCACUGUGUUUCUUUACGAAAAUGUGUCUCAAGAUAAUCCAUGAUUUACACUGUCCAAUAACCAGUAUUCUGUUUUUAAUGUCCAUUGUAAUAAUCAUCCUUACAAUAGCAUACUAGAGAGAAAAAGCACUUUUGAACAUUUUACUCUAGUAACAUUAUCUUAGCAAUUAGUUUUACUCCUUCAGAUUCUGAUUUUUUACAUCUGUAUUAUACUUGGUGUAUAAAGUUAAUGAUGACUAUUGAAGAGAUUGAUCACCAACAUUUUAUGAGACUUCAGGGACUUACGUGUCACCAUGUGGUGACAUAUCACUUCACUUAAUUCUGUUCACUGUAUGUUAUUUCAUUAAAAUUUAUUGUGCCAGUUGUGAACCUAUAUAUAUCUUCCUGUAUACUUUCCAUUUUACUUCAUUAUCCUGUGUGUCAUUCCACUAAAUUGAAUAAACUACCUGAACAGUAAACAACAUAUUUAUUUUAAGUUUUGUCCUGAAUGUCACUGCACAAAAGCUAAAAUACUAUUUGUAUUUAAUCUUAUAUAAAUGACCAUUAUCUUUCCAUUUGUAUGCCCAUUAUCUUCCCUUAUGUUGGUUUGUGACAUGCACUGAUAUAUGAAAUACAUAUUUUAUUGUUCAAUACAUCUUCACAUGACCAACUGUAUGUGUGUUUGUCAUGAUCAAGAGUUGCAAGUCAAGUGAAAGUGCAUAUUGAAUCAAUCAACAGCAAGGAAGAUUAUUGAAUCACCAGAGACAAUUAAUAUGCAAUUUAUUUUUUUCAAGAGGUUCUUCAGUACCUAGAGAUUAAGAAAUAAUUUUCAUAUACAAUAUAUUAAAAUAAAUUUAAUUUUUAAUAAAUAUUUUUUGUAUGUUAAAUUAAAUUAAUUGUAUUCAUCUGUUUUCAACAGGGGCCAUAUGUGCCUUAUUGCUAACUAAAAUUAUAUAAGGGAAUUAAAUAUUAAAUUCAAAUUUAAUGAGAUUUUAUUUUGAAGUUACACUUCUUUGGGUGCAUUACAGAAAUAUAAUGAGAGUAAUUUUUUAUGAUGUGCGUGCAGUAUGCAAAACAAUUGACAGAAUGAAAAUAGGCUACAUUGAAAUUAUAUUUAAGUGAGGUUAUGUUAUACUUCUUUAGGCACAGUAUGAAAAAAUGACAGUGAAUUUAUACGAUGUGCACACAGCAUGCAACAAAUAAUUGAUAAGAUGAAAAAAGUCUGCUUUAAAAUAAGAAAAUAUAUGUGUGCUUUUAAAUCACAUACCUAUUUUAGUGUAUGAUACUGGUCCAUAUAAUUAAAAACAUUUAUUUAUUGUGAAUAUUAGUGAUAGAAAUUGUUUUUAUA